AGAGGGGAUAUGUCAUUCACUCUUAGAAAAGCCGAGCACAGAGGGAUACCUGGAGUCAAACUGAGGAAGACUUCUCUGCCUGUGUCUCUCUGCAGAGCUGACGGAGGCAUUUGGGGACUGGGACUUACUUUGGCUGCAGUGACAGAGGACGCUCUAACUUACCUGUGCAGCAUACACAGAGACACACUCUGUUCUUAACACUUUUUUGAGCUCUCACCUUCACUUACAAUUUUUUCAAGAGUAGAAGGAACUCACCAACAGUAGCCUUUUUGCUGUUGUUCGUGAUCCGGCGAUGUCGUGGGAUUGUGGUUUGAGGUACAUGUUCUCUGUGCCCCCUGUGCUGCAGCAAGGGAGCAUGUGCAUCCUGCAUGACAAGGAGGACCUGUCCAGACUGGAGAUGGUCCAGAGACUGGCUAAGGAUGGCUGUCGUUUUCUGCAGAACCAGAGCAAGGGCCCGGAGAGGACAAGUGAGCCACACAGUGACGAGGCAGUCCGAGUGUGUGUAAGGGAGAGGGGCCACAAUGUGCUGGUCCUACAGAGAGUGUCGUCACAGCUGCCAGCCCCCUCUGCAACGUCAAGGGGAGGGGGGAGAGAGGAGGCGAGGAAUGGGAGGUACGUGGUGGUAUCAGGGACCCCUGAGAAGAUCCUGGAGCACCUGCUGAAUGACCUGACACUGGACGAGGAGCAGGGGACGACACAGGGCAAAGAGUCAGAUACACUUCUAGAUGACUUUCUGCUGACCUACCCAGUGUUCAUGUCAACCAGUGAUUUAUGUCAAGCACUACUGGGACACUAUUGCUCCAAGCGAUGCAGAGGGAAAGAGGACAGGAAGGAGGCUCUGGAGAGGAAACGGAAAGUCCUGCACCUGGUGUCACAGUGGGUGUCUCUCUGCAGAGAUUUCCUGAGGGAGGACGAGCAUGUCAAACUCUUCAUGAAGACUUUGUGUCGUUACGUUCUGGAUGAUCUGUACGAGCACCCCACACUGGAGAAGGAUGUGAUGGAGCUGCAGCAGCUGUACAUGUUGCAUCGUAGACACACGGUGGAUGAAUACUCUCCUCAAAGAAAGAGUAAAGUGCUUAUCCACCAAUUGAGCCCUAAAGAGAACGGGCUGCAGUCCAGAGGAACACAGAGGGAGAACAAGGAAGUUCUGUGUCAUGUGUACAUCACCAUGGAUUCGUACGUGAGUAUGAAGGCCCAUGUAGGUGUCUUGGCCCAGGAGCUGCUGCAGGCGGCGGCAGACAGGAUGGAUGUCCCUCAGGGCGAGUUGGUGCUGGUGGCUGUCACUUAUACUGGAGGUCGGCUCCUCCUGCAGCCUCAUGACAGAGUCUUCUCUGAUUCUUCACGGCCAGUCGGGAGGCUGCAUGUGUGCAGGAAGGACCUGGGGGAAGUCAUGAACCCGUUCACAGACAACUCAGAGCUGCAACAGAGGACAGCUCGCAUGCUCACUUUAAACACCUGGGAUGUGGCUGUUGCUCUCACCAACUUUGACUGGACCAUCUUUGACUCGGUGCACGAGCAAGAGCUCAUCUACUUCACCUUCAGCCGCCACAGUCGCAGCGGCCACACUGUGGCCCUAGAGCUGCUCCUGCAGCGCUGCGAUGAGGUCCAGCUGUGGGUGAUGACUGAGGUGCUGCUGUGCCCCAUGCUCUGCAAAAGAGUUCAACUCAUCAAGAAGUUCAUUAAGAUUGCCGCCCACUGUAAAGCUCAGAGGAACCUCAACUGUUUCUUCGCCAUCAUAAUGGGACUAAACGCUGCAGCUGUUAGCCGUCUCAGUCAAACAUGGGAGAAAAUUCCUGGGAAAUUCAAAAAGCUGUUUUCAGAGCUGGAGACGAUGACAGAUCCGUCUCUGAACCACAAAGCCUACAGGGAUUCCUUCAAGAAGAUGAAGGCGCCAAAGAUCCCUUUUAUUCCUCUGCUACUGAAAGAUAUCACAUUCAUUCAUGAAGGCAACAAGACGUUUCAUGACAACCUGGUCAAUUUUGAAAAGCUGCACAUGAUAGCGGACACAGUGCGGCUCAUCCGGCAGUGUCAGCGGGAUCACAUGGGAAAUGGCAUCACGCAGAAGAGCAGCCAAGACGUGCGAGCACACAUUGAUUACCUUCAUAUCAUCGACAAUCAGGAGACUCUGUUUGAACUCUCUCAGCGGCUGGAGCCUCGUGCUUAGAGAGCAGCUCUUUCUGCCUCUCUGCCGUCACAGCAAGACCGCCGAAUCGCCAAGGAACAAUCUGUCACUGUCUCAUCAAUUUCUCAGGACACAACGUGGCAAUCAGAUGGGCACUGCGUGAUCCCGGCCGACCACAGGGUGGAGCCGUGCUAUCAGGAAUCACCACCAGAGAUGGGAAAAAGUAGCAAAUGACUCAUCUAUGCCCAAAAAGGCCUGAGUGAAUUCACAACAAGACCCCAGUGACAAAACACCUGGAAACAAGCCAAGAUUAUCAUCAAACAGUUAAGCAGAACAACUCUCACUGUGCUGUUCCAAACAGCGGCAGCACAGGUCAGCAAGGGUAGAGCAGCUGUUCUCAUAAAGACACAACAGCUCCCUCUUGUGGAGCGUCAGCAGCCAGUCUAGAUGAGUAUGUUUGGAAGUGUAGAGCUUCCCAUCUAGUAAAAAGCUACAAAAACUAAACAAGCCAGGAGCUGUUUGUAGACCUGGCUGCAGAGAGUUUCUUUCCCCAUCCAAACCAAAGAGAAUUCAAGUCCAAUACUGUCCACACACACACUUCUGUUUCUCUGUCCUCAGACUUCAACACAAUCUGGAUGUGGUCUCUUUCAAAUGUGGGACACAAUCUGUGUUUAUCAGUUCAGUGUCUGCACAAGAGGCUGAUGUUUUGCUGACAAGAUAAAGAAAAGUGUUUUUCAAACUCUCUCCCAUUUUCAAAUGUUAUUUACAUCACAUAUUUUAAAUUGACCUUACUCUUUCCCAUGCUGUUGUUUUUUGUAUAUCCAUAAAGUAAGGACAUGACAGUAGGAAAGAACACACAGUACACAGUGUUUCUAUGGUGUGUGUCAACAGCUGUGGGAGGUAUAAUCAAAUGUUGAGUAUGUGAGUGCCAAAACCCAUCUGACUGCAGUUACACAUGAAUGCUAAAUGCUCAGACUUUUAAACGCUUCUUUAUAAGUUGUGCUGUGGACAAUCAGUUAACCGAAGCCGCUCUUCUUCUUCUUCUCUGUUUAAAUAUUGAUUGGCUGAAAACUGCUCGUCAAAUCAAAUAUUUCUCCAUUACCAAGAGGCAGUUCAUCAUGAUAACGCUCAGUAAAUAGAUAUAUAUCGUAGAGGAAAAAUAAUUUUGGAUGUUUGUUUUUGGGUGAACUGUUCCUUUAGGUAAAGAGCACUAGCCAAUUCCAGUUCUGCAGCACCUUCUGAAAACAGACAGUAAAAUAUAGAUCUGUGCAGUGAAGUCAUGAUCUCACUGUCACGGUAAUGUUAGGCCAUUUGAAGUAGACACUGUGAAAAGUGUUGUAGACAGAAGUUCACAUUAUGUUUGGAUUUUUCUUUAAUCAUGGAUUUUAAAGCCAAUUUUACAGCAAGAGGACAUGCUCUAGCAGUAAUCAUCUUAUUUCAGAUCUAAUUUGUAUCAUCAAUAUUGUAAAGUUGAACCUGUUUAUACUGUGUAUAUAUGUUAAAAUUCUGGAUGAGGAUAUUUAUUUAUUUCAGAAUUAUUUAUUUUCUCUGUAGAUAUUUGAUUUCCUGUUUUUUGUUUUUGUAUGCACUGAUUUGGCUGGUCUGUAUGAUAUGGCAAACCAUGGAUUGACCGUCACUGUCAACUGUGCAUGCAAUAAAAUAUUUUUUUUUACCUCGAUCUGGUUCUUCUAGAAAAUAAAGUUUACAACAUGUA